GACAGCUGACGCAUAACCUCAAAUUCUAACAAGGUUUUGUUUAUUUUUUUUUGUUGCAAUAAUGAAUGAAUUCCUCAAAGUUAACUGGCGCGUCACUGACAUCAACCAAUUAGAGCCCCCAGAAAGCUUUAUAACCGAAGAUGAAUUGGAGCAGUCUCUGGUGUAUGAAUUUUUCGAAAACAAGUCGUUAUUCCGCUCCAAACCUCAGGUUAAUUUAUUUAAAAACGCCGCGUAUGUUCCGGGACUUCCCGAUGCCAUCGAGACAUUUACUACUAAAGUGAAAUCGACCCUCGAUAAGAAAAACCACGACACUUGCCUAAAGGUGUUGAAACUGUUUCAGUCCGGGAAGGACCCCUCCUGUUACACCCAGCAGGAUAAGUUUUUGAUAGAAAUCUUCAAGAAACUUAAACCAAAAAUUCUUGAGGAGAACACAAAAUAUUUAACGUUUGUGCAACAACAGUGGGAUAAAUUCCAUAAGUUUAAAUGUCUCCCAAGUAAACCCGGUUUGGUUACUUUUGGGGAGCGAGUGUGGCAACAAAAAUGGCAAAGCAUAAGCUCCUACCCGCAGUUUUACAAUGAAAUAGCCACAAUUAACUUGUCAUUUAAUGAGAAUGAGAGUGUUAUCGAUUAUAAUUGUACUGGCACAGCUUUAGAGUUGGGCACUUUGGCGAGGUUCUCUCCACCAAACCUGCAAUGCCCUGUAACACUUACAAACGUAAAUCUGCCAGACGGAGAAUGGUGGGUGAAACGCAGUAGUUCCAGAAUGCCUGUAAGUAGAGAUAGAAACGUCGAUAAACUCCUGGAAACCCGAGGAGAUAUUGAUGUGGUGGUAUCAUCGAGCUGUUUAAAAUGUUUGGCCGAUACUAGUGACGGUAAAAGACGUUGGAUGAUUCCUUUUGUGGUAAAAACCGUUGGGGCCAAAAGGGUGGUGUUCCUCGACAAACCGUUUUACCAAAACGACAUGAAUCACACCGAUUUCGUUUAUAUGAGCUUCAAGAGGCUUAUAAAGACCAAUUUCUGUCAGUUUGAGGCUUUCGAGUUUGCCCAAGAAGAGGAGGAAAUUGAAAAUGCUUCUACUGUAAGUGAGGAGGAUAAGUGUCGAUGGACGUUUAACAGACACCACAAUAAAAUACUGUACAACGCCAGCUAUAAGGUGUGGAAUAUUAAGAAGACUUAUUGUCAAAAUAAUUUGAUGAAGAACCAACAUAAGCCCAAGGAAUUAAACGUUUUAGUGAGGAAUAAACUGGAUGCUUGUGAAUUGAACAGUCAAGGUGCUCUACACCCAGCGAUUUUAAACCCGAAACUGGAGCUACAGCACACGUAUGGGGCCAACGUGGCCUCCAAGUCCGAACUGUCUAGAGAAUGGACUUCACUAUUCUUCACACCAUUUUCCCACUUAUACAGAGUGAGGAUUGCCGCUAAACACGGGGAAGUGCUUACGAUAGAAAAGUGCAACAUACAAAAAAUCACCUCUGAGGCACAUAGUUAUUACCAGUUUAAACCCCAGCUGGCUUUAGGGAGUUUACAGCAGGUUUUCGAGCAACUAACCCAAUUGCAACCGGGGAAUUAUUUGCUCCAGCAUCUGCCCAAACACGAGGCUUUCGUUGCCGUUUUAAAAGAAUGCCCCCAAAACAGUGUUGGUACCGUUUUCGAUUUCCACGCGGAACGUACCAAGAUGCACGUACAAGAAUGGCCGAAAUGUUGGCUGCCCAUCGACGUGAAUUUCAUUUUGCCGUCGUUCGAGGCGGCCAAUAGGAUGCCCGGCCUGUUCGCUCCAGUCGAAAGUUUGAAGAGGACCAAGACGAAGAAGAAAAAUGGCGGAAAUGUGGGGAAAAAGAUAAAGAGGAAUGAUUGUGAUAAGUUGCAAGGUUCUAGUCAAUUGUAAUCGAGUUGAAUAAAUUGAAUUUGUUUUGUAAA